CGAUAAUGAUAUGACACCAAGCCAAGGGGUUGGAGUGACAUGUUUGUUGCCCUAUAAACUGAUAAACACUUGGUGUAAACUGAAGCAUGUCAAUUAUGAGUACAAAGAUUUAUAUAUUGAUUAUCUAGCCAUGCAUCCUGCUGAAGGAACAAGUACUGUCCAAAGUCCAUUGAUUGUAUACAUGACAUGGCACAUUGCUGGGAACAUAAGGACAUUCUUGAGUGACCUCACAUAUAUAAAAUCAAACAAAACUCAAAUUAGACUCUCUAUUUUAUUUUCCUUUAUGAAUUUCUAUUUGAGUGGUUUAGGGGGUGCUUAUAAGAG